GUAAUCGCCAGUUUUUUUUUCUUCGUUUCCUUGGUUAUUAUAACUACAUCGCUCUAUAAGAACGCCAUGACCAACCGAUCAAUCGCAACACCGAAGAAUCCGAGAAUCACACAUAGAGUACCCAUAAUGCUACUCCGCCUUACCUUCAUCUCCUCCACAGAAACACUAGCAUUAUCUAUCGACCUUCCAGAUCCAGUAUCCCGGACAUGGCCGUGUGUAGGUAGUCACAGCGGAGAUAAACAAACAGCAUGGGGCGAGUCUGCGCUUUUGCGGCGUACGUUACCUUUUAUACCAUUUAAAUUUAAAGUGGAGCUGCAAAACGGUCCAGACUUUUCCCUUUUUUUUUUCUUUCUUGCUUCUCUUUGUUGUUGGGUUUUUGCCGACGAUAGGUAGGUAGGUAGGUGAAUCUACCUGCCAAGAUGUCUUGUUUUGUUGUCCCGGGGCCCGCUGUGGGGGAGGGAACCCUGGCAAAGCAAAGCUUUCUUCAUUACUCUUGAACAAAAGAAAAAACCUAAAUCUGCUUGGGCUAUCUCGCAAAAAAAGUUGUUAAAGGACAAACAAAAUGCUUUUGUGACCGCUUAAGUUUUGUUGUCCCUCGUUCCCCCGCGCUCGCACGCACAGCAGCGGGGAUGAUGCGAGGUAGUUCUUGUUUCCAACCGUUCUUUUGUGUUUUUAUAUUCGGUGGCGCUCAUGCACGCUCAACGCAACCGGAACACAGACAUUCCUGUACCUCCCUCUUCUCGUAUUCAAUCAAUCCAACGGAUGAUAUCAAGGAUUCACUUCCUGCGAUGAUGCCUGCCCGCCUGCCACAUGUUGAGAAUGUGACCUCGCUGCUGCGUUCGCUUAUGUACAUAUGUACCUAACCCCCCUCGCUUUCCCUAUUGAAUGGAGUAACUGCCUGCCUACCUACCUAUAUGUACAUAAGCACC